CAAAUUCUCUGCUUUCGGAAGGCACGAGUCUAGGUGAUGUCCUUGUCAAAUCCCGAGAUCCAAUUUCAGUUGACUUGAAGGCGAAAGAAUGUGUAAGACAGUGCAAAACUACCCCUUUCCCCUAUAACGGCUGGUCAAAGCGUAAUGAGUGGACAAGCUUCUUGUUGAGAGACGCGGUGUGAUUAGAGAUAAAGCGUUCAGUCAGCUGCAAGAAUAAUUGGGGGUGGCACGCCAGGGUGGCACUACCAACACGCCAACAACUUUACCUAAGGGAACUUCAGUCUCCUUGGCCUUGGCGCCCUCCAUCGACCGGCUGGCUGCGAGUUCAUCUUUGGAACUUCAUCUACGUUAAAAGUCCUACCCAUUACCUCUCAGCCCUGAACCUCACUCACACCGUCUAAUUCGACACUGUUUUUACUGCGCCUAUUCGCAGCCUAGUGUCACAGUCUUCUUAUCCGACCGCCUCCCUUAAUCCUAUCCCUGAGCAAACCCGCCGCGAGUCGCAAAAAUGGGUCUUACAUUUUCCAAGUUGUUCGACAGACUAUGGGGAAAGAAGGAAAUGAGAAUCUUGAUGGUUGGUCUUGAUGCCGCCGGAAAGACGACGAUCCUCUAUAAGCUGAAGCUCGGUGAAAUUGUCACCACUAUCCCCACAAUCGGCUUCAACGUUGAAACCGUCGAGUACAAGAACAUCCAAUUCACAGUGUGGGAUGUCGGUGGACAGGACAAAAUCCGACCUCUGUGGCGACAUUACUUCCAGAACACCCAAGGCAUCAUCUUCGUGGUCGAUUCCAACGACAGAGAUCGUGUGGUUGAGGCUCGUGAAGAAUUGCAGCGCAUGCUCAACGAGGAUGAGCUCCGUGAUGCCCUUCUUUUGGUCUUUGCCAACAAACAGGAUCUUCCCAAUGCCAUGAAUGCUGCUGAAAUCACCGACAAGCUUGGUCUUCACAGUCUCCGACAACGUGCCUGGUACAUCCAAUCUACCUGCGCUACCUCAGGAGACGGUCUCUACGAAGGACUCGAAUGGUUGAGCAACUCACUCCGCAAGGCCGGCCACAACUAAAUACGCGGAGAAUGGCGGAUGGCCUGGAUAGCGUCAAGAUCAGCGGGAUUUGCAUACUCGGAAACCUGAACGAAGAGAUCCACCAUCUGUUCUCAGUCACAUACAACCAAUUUGCCAAGUUGCCUUUUCCUCCCUCUCCAGAAUGUCCAUGCAAGAAUUGCAGUUGGCCUCGCAAGCCAGUGGAAGACAAUAUACUGCAACCAGCUUGUUCACGGUGAAACGCACUCCAUCACGCAUAUGAACGAUCUGCCUUUGUGUCUGGCUCUGUUACAAAGGUCACUUUGGGGGAGUUUGAUCAAAUAGUUUUUUGUGUGUAAUUGCUGGCAUAACCUUGGCUUCGGGGGUGGCAGACUCCGGUAUCGUGCAGGAACUGAAGCGAGGGUUACGCAGGCAGUGAAUAGAAUUCGAGUUUUGUCCUGAAACCUCGAGAUGACCUGCAAAUGUCGAUUUCUGGUUGAAUAAGAGCUCUGGUGUUGCUAACUAAGUAUAUAUUUUAGGCAUCACACCCCGUAACUGA